AUGUGGUUGCGUUGUAUGUUGGCGGUUUUGCGUGCCCUUUUCUCUAAGGUUGGCGUAGCUGAAGCAAAUUUGGCCAGUGGCUCAUUGUAUUUCCUGUUCAGUACAAAAGUUAACUGCAUGACCAAGUUGGUCAAAACAGAUCCAAGACAGGAUGGAUCUAAUCCUGUGGCUGAGACUCUUGCGAAGUGGAAAGCAUAUAACGACCAUCUGGAUUCGUGCAACGAUGAAAGUAAACCAAUUCGUAGAGUACCAGCCAAGGGAUCAAAGAAGGGAUGCAUGAAGGGUAAAGGCGGGCCUGAGAACUCUCGUUGUAACUAUAGAGGUGUUAGGCAGAGGACAUGGGGCAAGUGGGUUGCAGAAAUUCGGGCACCAAACAGGGGAAGUAGGCUCUGGCUGGGUACUUUCCCAACUGCAAUUGAAGCUGCACUUUCUUAUGAUGAAGCUGCAAGGGCCAUGUAUGGUUCUGCUGCGCGCCUUAACUUUCCUAAUAUAUCAAUUUCCAGUUUGUCAAAGGAUCCUUCUUCUAGGGUAACUCUUUCAGCUGCUUCCUCGUUAGCAACCUCUGCAGGUUCAGAAUCCUCAGGAAGAUCAGACCACUCGGAGGAUUGUGCUGCUCAGGGUAAGGUGAAUUAUCUUUCCCCUAAUGUAGAGAAUGAGGAUACGACGACGAAUCGAGAUCAAACGAAUGAGGAUGGAGAAGAUGAAUGA